AGCGGUUCUUCUAUUGGUCUCCAGAGUAAGAGGAGGAGCCAGGACUGGAACUCCGGGAGUCAGCGAGAUGGAGGGCUUCGUGUCGAACGUGGAUGUCUGCAACCUGGCCUUUAACGGAAAAUUGGAGCAGCUGAAGGAAAAGAUCCUGACCGACAAAUCCGAGGCCACCAAGAUUGAUCAGGAUAAUCGGACCCCAUUACAUUGGGCAUGCUCAGCCGGAUACAGUGAAAUCGUUAACUUCCUGCUCAAUUUGGGAGUGCCAGUGAAUGAUAAAGAUGAUGCGGGUUGGUCCCCCCUUCACAUUGCUGCCUCUGCUGGUCGUGAUGAGAUUGUGAAGUCUCUUCUAUCAAAAGGAGCUCAAGUGAAUUCAAUCAAUCACAAUGGUUGCACUCCCCUGCAUUAUGCGGCAUCCAAAAAUAAGCAUGAGAUUGCUGCCGUGUUAUUAGGGGGAGGUGCUAAUCCAGAUGCUACCGACCAUCUAGAGUCCACUCCACUGCACCGGGCCUCAGCCAAGGGAAAUAUGAAGAUGAUCCAAGUCCUUCUGCAGUACAACGCAUCCACAAACAUCCAAGAUGUACAGGGGAACACUCCUUUGUAA